GUCUAUUUUAAAUAGGACUUUUUGUCCACUAGUUUGAGUUGAUAUUUUUAGAAUUUGGUGUUACUUAACCAAGCAAUGAGAACUAAUUAUUUAAUUUUUUUAAUCUUUAUUAUUUUUCCUUUCUGGAGUUAUAGUUUGCUACGAAUCAUGCAGGUGUCAUCACUGUGCGUAGCAAAGUUUCCAUUCAACGUGAAAGCGCAACUCCCCACCGUGAAAACGAAGGAAUCCAUGGCGGAAACCACCGCACCUAAGUGGGCCCAGAAAACCAUCGCUCUUCCUCCUUACAAACGCGGCUGUCAUCUCGUUACUCCCAAGAUAGCGAAAGAAAUUGAGCAAGACCUUUCUGGAUUCAAAUGCGGUCUCGCUCAUCUCUUCUUGCAGCACACGAGUGCUUCGCUUACAAUCAAUGAGAAUUACGACACUGAUGUUCGUGAUGACACUGAGACAUUCCUCAAUCGAAUUGUUCCCGAGGGAUCAUCUGCGCCUUGGAAGCACACUCUAGAGGGCCAUGAUGACAUGCCGGCUCAUAUUAAAUCAUCAAUGUUUGGUUGUGCACUCACGAUACCGAUUACAAAUGGAAAACUUAACAUGGGAACUUGGCAGGGUAUAUGGCUUUGUGAGCACCGGGAUCAUCCUACCUCACGAAGAGUUGUUGUCACUCUUAAUGGAAUAUGAGGUGUUAGGAUCCAUUUGCGUUGCUUCCCCUUCAUUUCGGAACUUAUAGCUGGAUACUUUUUCAAUGUAACUAAGUACUUUGUAUGGACGCAAUGCAACUUUGAGACGUAUUCCGACCAUUUAGUGCAUGUAAUUAUUCCAAGUCAAUAGUCUCUUUUUUUGGUUGAGGGGAUAAAGAGUUGAGGGUUGUUCAUUACACUAUUUUCUCUCAAAUCCUAUUGAAAUUGAAAAACGCCCCUUUGCUGCA